CUACCACAACGACGUUGUCAAACUGAAUCGUCCGUGUGCGUAAAUGGGAACGCGAAUCACUAUCUUGUGAAGAUAUAUUCCACAUCACCGUUGGAUCUGCAAGUCAAGUGAAAUGGCUGAGGCAGCACUUCGGGAUCUUUAUCAAUGUCCUGUGUGUCUAGAUACACUGAAUGACCCGGUCACUACACCCUGUGGACACAGUUAUUGUCAGAACUGUAUCAGCGAUUACUGGAAUCAGGCACCUCAGACAGGUGUGUAUAGCUGUCCUCAGUGCAGAGAGAAGUUCAACACAAGACCUGCUCUAAAAAAAAGUACUGUCUUGGCGGAGCUGAUAGGCCACAUGAAGAUUGCUGAGGAUGCUUCUUCUGGGUUGUGUUUUGCCGAGCCAGGAGAUGUGGAGUGUGAUUCCUGCACGGGGAGAAAGCUCAAGGCUUUCAAAUCCUGUCUAGUAUGUCUAGCGUCUUUCUGCGAGACCCAUGUCCAGCCUCACUACAUAUCCCCUGCCUUCAAAAAGCAUGGCCUCAUUGAGGCAUCUGUGAACCUUCAAGAGAAGAUCUGCCCUCAGCAUGGCCGCCUGCUCGAGAUGUUUUGCCGCACAGAUCAGUUCUGUAUAUGUAUGCUGUGCGCUACAAAUGACCACAAAGGCCAUGACAUGGUGUCAACAGCCACAGGAAGUCAGGAGAAAAAGAUAACACUUGGGAAGGUGAAGAACAGAUCCAUGGAGCAACUUCAGGAGAGAGAGAAGAAGCUGGGUCAGCUGAAAAAUGCCUUAGGUUCCCAUCAGCUCUCUACUGACGCUGCUGUUCAACACUGUGAAAUAAUCUUCAGUGAAUUACUGCAGUUCAUCAUAUCAAAGGGCACAGAGCUGAAUGAGAUGAUCCAAAACCAGCAGGGGGCGGCAGUUAGCAGAGUUGAACCAGUCAUCAAGUGUAUGGAACAGGAGAUUGCUGAGCUGAAGAAACAGCUGGAUGAUCUGGAGCAGUUGUCACGUGAGGGGGAUCACGUCAAGUUUCUCCAGAGUUUCAUGACUGUCUUACCAACUCUGAAGGCUACACAUGCACCCCGUACCACCGUCAGUCCAAGUCUGUCAUUUAAUGAUCCCAGUGGUUCUCUCUCAAUAUUCAAACAAGAGGUGGAAAAACUCUGCAACCAUCAUGUGGAAAAAAUGAGACUGGGGCUUGAGGAGCCUCUCAAAGAACCAUUACUGAUGGCUACAUCAAGGCGUGACAUGGAAUCCCUACAGUCUUCGCAGCUAUUUACAAAACAGGAUUCACAGGAUGUAGCAGAACUCCAUGUACAAGUAGACUGGCCAGACAAAGAACGCCCCUUCAAAUGGAAAAAGAACCUGUUAGUGUCCCUGCAGACUUUAUUGAAUGCGGCAGAUAAACUAUACGAAAUUCUGAAUCUCUGCUUUUUGGAUAGCUAUUUUUCAGCCACCAUAACUGUACGCCCUCCAGCAGCCCAACAAGCUCUGCUAGAGCUCAAGUCAGCAACAUUGAACUUCAAAGGCAUUGGAGAGGUGACUGUGCAUUUUAAUGAAGCACUCCCAGCACCACAGGGCCCUGCUCUGGUGGACACACAUCAGCAAAUUAAUUCACAGCAAACAUCAGAAAAGGCACAAUUAUCGCAAGAGAUCCCAAUGACUGUGAGUGCGAAUGUGGACCUGCGGAAAUAUGAUGCUAAGGAUCAAAGAGAACUCAUGAGGAGAUUUCCACAGUAUAGAACUGGACGUUAUACUCUUCAAAUAGAUGGGACGCAUGAAGAGGUAGCGCAGUUCCAUAAGGAUCUACAUGAAGUACUUGGAAAUCCGAUGACAGUCACCAGCCAAUGGACAGCCAUCAAUGAUUGAAUGCCAUGGAGACCAGUGCAUCAUCUUUGAGAGUACCUGUGUUUCAGUACUGGUACUUGAAUCAUUC